AUGAUUGCGGGAGGGAGCGCGGGCCAUGAUCGAAGGCCUUCCUUGGCAGGCUCUCAUCGGAUCGGAGGGGGACACGGGUACUCUGGGAGCACGAUAGGAUCCCCCGUAGCGCGAUCGAAAGAAGCGUCCGACGCGCGACGAACCUCCAGAGUGGAUCGGCCGUCCUCGGGCGACCUGGCACAAAAGCGGGCUUCAACGGCGAUGGCUGCCACAAAGCGGUCAUCGACCAUGACCACCACUGGGGUGGGAUCCCAAAGAAAAGCUUCCGUGGCGAUCACGGCGAUGAGCCAUCGUCCCGAUGUCACCGCGAAAACUGGAAAGCAUCCUUCCAUCGCCGGAGUAGGUGGAAGAGGCGCGGGUGCAUCGAAACGAAGAUCGACUGUGACCUAUCGAGAGGGGAGGAAGGAUCUUCUCCAGAGCCAUCGGAAAGCUUCUCAACAGGGGGUCGGUGCUAGCAAGAAGAUUUCACGCGCUGUCGUGGCAGCGGGGUCAUGA